CACCACCAUAAGGCCAUACCCUUCUCUCCCUUUCUAUCCCCAACUCGCCGGAAAAUUCUUAUAUAAUGCCGGAAGCAGAGGAAGAUAACCGUUCAGCUAAUUUUUUCGUAAGGGGGACUCCGGUGACGGAGGAUUUACCCGUCAUGAUGACUAUGGAUCUCGACCUUGAUGGUUCUUGGACUUUCGAUCAGAUCUUCUCCGCAGACCCUUCUCCGUCCUUUAUUCUAUCGGCAACCGAGCAAACUUACUCUCCUCUCUGGGCCUUUUCCGAUGAUAAUAACAAUAAUCUCAACGACGCCGACGACAAACUCGCCGGAAAUGCCACGUUGACCUCUUCAGGAGCUGCUCACCGACUUCAAUCAGAUACCGAUAACCAUGAUCAAGUAACCAGAAAACCAUCGAACAACGACGUGAAAAGGAGGAUACCAAUGCCGAUUUUGGAGGUGAAUCCAUCAGAAUAUCAAGAUGCAACAUGUGUAAUCAAGGAGAGGAUGACAAUGGCUCUUCGUUACUUCAUAGAAUUGGGUGAAAAACACGUUCUAGCUCAAGUCUGGGCACCAGUAAAGAACAGGGGUCGUUAUGUGCUCACAACAUGUGGUCAGCCCUUCGUUCUUGACCCAAACUGCACUGGCCUUCAUCAAUACAGAAUGGCUUCUUUAAUGUAUGUGUUCUCUGUGGAUGGUGAAACUGAUGGAGUACUUGGUCUUCCUGCUCGUGUUUUCCGACAUAAGCUUCCGGAAUGGACUCCAAACGUGCAGUAUUACUCAGAUAAGGAGUACCAGCGGCUGAAUCACGCUUUGAAUUAUAAUGUUCGUGGAUGCUUGGCUUUGCCGGUGUUUGAAUCUUCUGGGCAGUCAUGUGUUGGUGUGCUCGAAUUGAUAUUGACUGCACAGAAAAUAAACUAUGCUCCAGAGGUUGAUAAAGUCUGCAAAGCUCUCGAGGCUGUAAAUUUGAAAAGUUCAGAUAUCCUGGAUCCUCCAAAUUCGCAGGCAAGCAUUUUUCCUAUAAAACAGAUUUGUAAUGAAAGUCGACAAAACGCCCUGGCUGAAAUCCUGGAGAUAUUGGCGGUCGUCUGUGAGACUCAUAAUUUCCCGCUCGCUCAAACGUGGGUCCCGUGCAGGCACCGAAGUGUCCUAGCCUAUGGUGGUGGAUUCAAGAAGAGCUGCAGUAGCUUUGACGGAAGUUGUAUGGGCCAAGUAUGCAUGUCAACAACCGAUGUCGCCUUUUAUGUUGUCGAUGCUCAUAUGUGGAGAUUUCGCGAAGCUUGUGCUGAACAUCACCUGCAAAAGGGCCAAGGGGUGGCAGGAAGGGCGUUUGCGACUCGCAGUUCGUGUUUUUGUGAAAAUAUAACGCAUUUUGGGAAAACCGAAUACCCAUUAGUCCAUUAUGCACGUAUGUUUGGUUUAGUUGGAUCUUUUGCGAUCUGUCUGAGGAGUACUCAUACAGGUGAUGAUGACUAUAUUUUGGAGUUCUUUCUUCCUCCUAAUAUGGUGAACGGUGAAGAUCAGCAGACGAUGUUGGGCUCACUGCUGACUUCAAUGAAGCAGCAUUUCCGAAGCCUUACGGUUGCUUGUGGUGAAGAAAUUGGGGAGGAUGGGAGACUGGUUGAGAUUAUUAAACCGUCUGCGAAUGGUGAAGUUAUUGAUUCAGGUAUUCAGUCCAUUCGACUAUCGGAAUCUGUGAUAUCAAAUGGAGGACCACUGGUUCGUGUUGAUUCUCUGGACCGGCCUUUAAAUGUGGAACCAAAUGGAUUAAAUGGAACUUGUGGGAAAUCGGAGACGCCUGAAACAACCAAGAAAUCGGAGAGAAAACGAGGGAAAGCUGAGAAAUCCAUUAGCCUGGAGGUCCUUCAGCAACAUUUUGCAGGAAGUCUUAAAGAUGCUGCAAAGAAUCUUGGCGUUUGCCCAACUACGAUGAAACGGAUAUGCAGGCAACAUGGGAUCUCAAGAUGGCCUUCUCGUAAGAUCAACAAGGUUAACCGCUCGCUUACGAAGCUAAAACGAGUGAUUGAAUCAGUACAAGGUGCUGAAGGAACAUUCACCAUUCCUUCUUUGGCAACCACCCCACUCCCUGUUGGUGUCGACUCCACGUCUUGGCCAACCGCUCCAAAUGGUUCACCAACUAACCAACAAGGUUCACCUGGGUCCAGACCAUACGACUCACCACGUCCGAAGAACGAUCUGGGUCCAAACAACCAAACGUCCGGCAGCAGAGAAGCCAGCACCGGCAGCCCAACUUCACAUAGGUCAUGCCAAGAAAGUCAACCAUUUGAAGUCAAAGCACCGAAUCAUGCUGCCGAGUUUUCCGUAUCCGAUGCUUUUCUAACUGCACAAACCGAAGAACCCUUUAGAGGAAUGCUAAUUGAGGACGCCGGAAGCUCACACGAUCUAACGAAUCUUUGUCCAUUCACCGAGCCUCUUGAAAAGGUACAAGAACUUACUCCUAAGGUACAACCUUUCACAGCCAGGGCAGAAAUGAAAACAAUAACGAUAAAGGCGAGUUACAGAGAAGAUAUAAUUAGGUUUCGGGUGGCUGCAAAUUCGGGUAUAGUUACUUUGAAAGAAGAAGUUGCAAAAAGGCUGAAGUUAGAUGUUGGCACGUUCGAUAUAAAGUAUCUUGACGAUGAUCACGAAUGGGUUCUAAUAGUUUGUGAUGCAGAUUUGCAAGAAUGCGUGGAGUUGUCGGUAUCAUCGGGGUGUAACAUAAUCCGGCUGUUAGUUCAUGAUCUGUCGACAAAUCUUGGAAGCUCUUGUGAGAGUUCAGGUUAAUUACGAAUAGAUACACUUCAUUUGCACAAACGAGUUGAUCAACAUUUCGACCCAUUUGAAACAAUCGAGAAAAGAAAGUUCCAUUCAGUGGAAAAUUGCAGAAAGAACAUUUACGUUGGCCGAAAACAGUAAAAAAGAAAGCGUCUGUGGCGUUUUAACUGCAUUUUCGGUCGACCGUAAUGUUCUUUUUUGCAAAUUUUAUGAUAUGUUAGUUUUUUUUAAAGGAAGUGUUUGAAAUAGUGUUUGAGCAAAUAGAUUAGUGUUGGGAGUGUUAGGGUUAGGGUUAGGAUGAGGUUGAGGGUUAAGUUGUAGAUUUAUGGGGUCAUAGCAACAGGACCAGAUUUUAGGGAGGAAUUUUCCCAUAUUCUUUCUUGUAUAAGAUGUUUAAAAAUGUGUUAAUUGUAUAUUGCUUUGUUCUUUGUU